AUGAAGUUAAAAGGUGAUAAGACUGGAAGGAAGGGCCAACUUGCUGUUGCUACAGAGGUAUUUGAGGUGGCUCCCUCCCUGCAUAUGGUGGAGCUGAGGAAAACAGGCGGUGAUACCCUGGAGUUUCACAAGUUCUACAAGAGCUUCUCAUCAGGACUAAAGGAUAUUGUCUGGAACUCUGAUCCCAAUUCUGAAGAAACGAGUUAUUAG